AUGGCAUCAACAUGUGUAGUGCAGGAACAGACAAACGAGGCGGAUCACAUUACCCUCGAGGCGCUGCCACGGAGCGAGCAGCUUACAAUAGAUUCCUCAGAUGAUCCACCGGGCGCGUUUCCAGCUUUGGAGAAAUGGAACUCUCCACGGAUCAAUAUUUAUCGAUCUUUUUCGACAUUUUGGAGUUUUCUAGUGAUGGGUGCUAAUGAUGCUGCGUACGGUGCAUUGAUUCCAUAUCUCGAGACAUAUUAUAAUCUAAGCUACACAGUAGUGUCGCUUGUUUUCCUGUCGCCGCUAGUCGGCUAUACACUUGCUGCUUUUCUCAACCAGCGCAUCCAUACUUCUCUCGGUCGUCGUGGCCCAGCAAUCAUUGGACCGGGGUGUCACCUCCUGGCUUAUAUCAUUAACUGUGUGCAUCCGCCGUACCCUGUCCUGGUUAUCUCGUUCAUAUUUGCUGGGUUUGGAAACGGCAUUCAAGAUGCAGCAUGGAAUGCAUGGAUUGGAAAUAUGGCCAAUGCGAACGAACUUCUAGGAAUCCUUCAUGGGAUCUAUGGCGUCGGUGCUGUUUUAAGUCCAUUGGCAGCGACUUCGAUGAUUACAGAAGCCCAUUUGUCAUGGUUCUACUUCUAUUACAUCAUGGUAGGUUGUGCAGUCAUCGAAGUCGUGGCGUGCGGAAUGUGCUUCUGGAAAUCUACCGGUGCAGAAUUCCGAGCUACGAACGGACAUGCACUUGGUGAUAAUAAGGGUGGCUUGAGGAGUGCGCUUUUCCGAAAGCCUUCUGCACGAGUCACUUGGCUAUGUUCUUUGUUCUUGCUCGGCUAUGUUGGCGUCGAAGUUGCAUUGGGUGGCUGGAUCGUCACAUUUAUGAUCCGUGUUCGACAUGGCAGCGCUUUUGCCAGUGGUAUGACGGCGACCGGAUUUUGGCUGGGAAUAACCGUGGGUCGGAUUGUCUUGGGAUUUGUAACUCCGAGACUGGGCGAGAAGUUGGCGAUCGCGGGUUAUAUUAUCUCCUCGAUCGCAUUCAGCCUAGUUCUGUGGCUUGUGCCUCAAUUCUAUGCAUCAGCUGUGGCGGUUUCAAUGCAGGGCUUCUUUCUCGGUCCACUGUUCCCAGGUGCUAUCAUCAUGAUGACCAAGCUGCUUCCUCAGCACUUACAUGUCAGUUCGAUUGGUUUUGCAGCGGCCUUUGGAGGAUCUGGAGCCGCCAUCCUCCCCUUUGCGGUGGGCGCACUGGCCCAGGCCAAGGGCGUGAGUGUCCUCCAGCCGUUCAUUAUCGCUCUGUCAGGAGCAAUUUUUCUGGCCUGGCUUGGACUACCGCGGGUUUCGAAACAAAACACACAAUGA